CUUUAUUAAACCAAGCAUGAACGAAAAUAUAUUCAAUAUCAACAAACGUAUUCGAGAAAUGAACUUGGGCCAUGGUGGAGAGAGCCCACUUCCGCUGAAGCUUAUGAAUUUAAAAAAGGGACUGCCAGAUAUCACAGCACAAGUGUUCUUCCAAGGCACGAUAUUUGAAAUGAAUCUGUUUAGUGAUGUAUUUUCUGCAGGAAAUACAAAAUAUGCUGUAUUAUUUUUAUUGAACUAUGAUUUCACACAACAAUCAAGAAAAGACCUUUUACAAAUACACCAAAACUAUUCCAAACUAGUCGAAUACAGUGCAGUUCCAAUCGUAGUGACUCAUGAUCGACCCAAUGUUCAUUAUGCAUACGGCACACCUGGAUUUACAAGCGAAAGUCUGAAUUUUGAACCUUCCUUUAUCUUAGCGUCCGAUUCAACAGAUCGAUUGAUAUCCACUUUAUUUGGAGCAAUUGAUUUUGAUACGUAUAAUAUUAAACGAUCUGUCCACAUCAUUGAUAAUCAAUAUAACCUUAUUCUAUCUCACCAUAUUCCAAGUCAUAAAACCUUUCUUCCAAUGAAACUCAUUUUCGAUACAAUCAAUCAUGAUACAAAAUAAAAAAUAGG